CAGGGUUAACAUCUCGACUGGACUGUAAGCGUCAAGUGUGUCCCCAUAAGCCGCUACCGCCGCCGCUCCUCCACACACAGCACCGUGGCCGGCGGGAGGCGGCCUUCUGCCCGGGUCUUUUCGCCGCUUCUUCCUCCGCUCUUUGACUUUUUUUUCUUUUUUUCGGGCUUUCGACUGCAUGUUCGGCCACACUGCCUCCCUCUGCGUCUUCACUUCGGCCCCGCCGCAGCCCCGGCGAGCAUGGACAGUCGGGUCCUCGAGCAGCAUCCUCACGCCCAGUUCGGAGGCUCCUUGGGCGGGCUAGUGGGCUUCCCGUACCCGCUCGGUCCCCAUCACCACCACCACCACCAUCACCAGCACGUCUACGAGCUCGCGAGCGGACACCAGCUGCAGUCCGCGGCCGCGGUUCCUUUCUCUAUAGACGGAUUACUAAACGGCUCCUGCUCGGCCUCGGUGGUCAGCUCCAACCAGCUUCUGUCCGCCGACAGUCCGCAUUUCAAACUCUCAGAUUCGGGGGACCCGGAUAAGGACAGUCCCGGUUGCAAACGGAGACGCACGAGGACGAAUUUCACCGGCUGGCAGCUGGAGGAGCUGGAAAAAGCCUUCAACGAGAGCCACUACCCGGACGUGUUCAUGCGGGAGGCGCUCGCGCUCAGGCUGGACCUCGUGGAAUCGAGAGUUCAGGUGUGGUUCCAAAACAGACGGGCUAAAUGGAGGAAGAAGGAGAACACAAAGAAAGGGCCGGGGCGGCCCGCUCACAACUCCCACCCCACAACCUGCAGCGGCGAGCCCAUGGACCCCGAGGAGAUCGCACGCCGGGAGCGCGAGCGGGCCGAGAAGAAGAAACGCAAGCAGGAGAGGAAGCUGCUGAAGUCACAGAACAAACUCCUGGCAGGUGAGAGCUUCCACACGCCCGGAGGCUCAGAGAGCGACAGCGGCGUGUCGCAGUUCACCGACAGCGAGCAGCAGCCCUCCAGCAUCAGCGGGACUAUUCACAUCGAGCUGCCGGCCUCAAAAGGAGCGGGGGGACUCCAGAGCGAAUCCAGCUGUGACCAAACGCGACAUGACUUCGGCCAUCUACAGAGCCACCAAAACCAAAGAACGGCGGGAGAGCCGGAGCAGGUCUCUCCAGGCAGCACCCACAGCUCCAGCCCCGGAGGCCCGAGGUCCUCCGCCCUGCAGAAGCGAAACCCCUUCAGCGUGGAGAGCCUCCUCUCCGACUCUAUGCCUCGGCGGAAAUCACAGCUGGACUUCCCCUCGCUGUCCAAUCAGAGAACACUGGUGGGUAAAGGCCAUUUCCUGCUUUACCCCAUUGCCCAUCAGCCUUUGGGCUUCCUGGUGCCCCAAACAGCCCUGAAGGCCACACCCUGUCAGGACAACAUUAACAGACUGGGCCUGGGACAGAGAUGCGGGACGGCCGAAGGCACGCCGGCCUCCUCUGACCUCUCCGGCCUCACCGGCGCCGCCAACCCUUUGAACUCUGAGAGCGUGGAGCGUAACGCGCAGCAUCGCCACAGUCACUCCGGCAGCAGAGCAGAGGGAGGUGACACGGAGGAGUGUGGCGGUGACUGCAGCAACGCAAGGUUCCCCGGCUCUCCUCCACCCAACACUGUGGCUCAGACAGCUUUUUCCAGGCUGAGCUCCGCCGACACGAGCGAGGAGAGGAGUCUCAAAGUUCAAACGGAGGCCUCGGCCAAUGGCUGUCAAUCUGUUGAGCCUUGUGCAAAAGACACUGGUGCGAGAGAGGAGCGAGCGUCUCCAGACCUCUCCGAGCGUCUCAAGACAAACACAGACUGUCAAGAAACACCCGCAACAGAUGGAGAGGAUCUCGAUAUGGACUAACACUUUCAAGAAAGCAAACAUAAACAGAGGACCAGGAACAACGCUCAGAUUAUUCAAACAUUCCCAAAGCUCUAAAGAAACUCUAAAGCAUAUCAGGAAUCAGGAGACUUAAUCCUCAUCUUUUUCUUUCUCUUUUUUAUCUUAAGGUGUGAUGGCUCCACAUGGCUCCUUAAAGCUGGGGGUUUCCCUGAUAUCCAGGCUUUAGGCCUUUUGUAAACCUGUGAACACCUUUAGCAGCAGGUCUCUCCUUUCUCUUCUUUUUUUCUGGCGAGCAACUUGUAACAAAACCUAGUCGACAAUAAACACCCUAAACACAACAGAAAUCCUCAGAUAUUGUAAAAGGAGAAAAUGAUAUUUAUAUGUUAACAUUUUGAUAAAUAAAGUUAUUGUUUAAAUUGA